GACGAUGAGGGGAAUAGGGAUGUAUAUACAGUCCUUAUGUCUCGCCUCAUGGUGACCCUAGUGGCUUACGGCUUCACCACUCGUGAACGAACAUGCGUGGGACUUUAUUUCUUACUCCGCUCUGCUUCGGCCUCGUCGCUGCGGAGGACGGUCUGGACGCUUGGCUGAGAUACGCCCGGCUUCCAGACAACAUUGUCCGCCAAGUUGAGAUCCCAACUAGCAUAGUUUCUCUCAACAGCACAGCGACAAGCCCUGUCUACGUCGCCGGCCAGGAACUCCAUAAUGGCAUCAAGGGCAUACUAGGGAGAAAUCUCGAUGUGGCUCACCAAAUUCACAAUAGUAAAUCAAUCGUUGUCGGAACGGUCAGUGCCUUCACGGCAACUGGUGGGAAGACGGACGCCCCGGCGCUCGAGGAGGACGGCUUUUGGCUGAACACCAAAGACAAGACUAUUCAGAUCUUGGGACAGAAUGAACGAGGCGCACUAUAUGGUGUUUUCGAAUACCUAUCUAUGCUCGCACAGGGAAACUUGACCAAGGUCGCCUAUGCUACGAAUCCUAGCGCAUCGAUCCGCUGGGUGAAUCAAUGGGACAACAUGGACGGCACCAUUGAGCGCGGAUACGCGGGCUUGUCAAUCUUCUUCAAGAACAACAAGAUCGUCGCAAACACCACGCGAAUCGCCGAGUACGCGCGCCUCCUUGCCUCCAUCCGAGUCAAUGGAGUAGUUGUGAACAACGUCAACGCGAACCCCAUCCUCUUGAGUGAAGAGAACAUGGCCGGGCUAGGGAGAAUCGCUGACGCGAUGCGGCCAUGGGGCGUGCAAGUAGGAAUCUCGCUGAACUUCGCCUCUCCGCAGACCUUGGGCGGACUGAAGACUUUCGACCCUCUCGAUAAGUCCGUAGUCGCGUGGUGGCAUGACCAGACGGACAAGCUAUACAAGCAUGUCCCUGACAUGGUAGGGUAUCUCGUGAAGGCCAACAGCGAAGGCCAGCCCGGCCCUCUCACUUACAACCGCACCCUCGCAGAUGGCGCCAACCUCUUCGCGAAGGCCGUGAAACCGUACGGCGGUAUCGUCAUGUUUCGCGCGUUUGUGUACGAUAGCCAAAACCUCAGAGAGGCAAACUGGAAAGACGAUCGGGCUAAUGCUGCCGUCGAGUUUUUCGAGGGUCUCGAUGAGAAAUUUGAUGAUAAUGUCGUCGUUCAGGUCAAGUAUGGACCUAUCGAUUUCCAAGUCCGCGAGCCUGUUUCACCCCUCUUUGCGCACCUACAGCAGACGGCCUCAGCCAUCGAGCUACAGAUUACGCAGGAAUAUCUAGGACAGCAGUGCCACCUCGUUUACCUCCCACCUAUGUGGAAGACGAUCCUGGAUUUUGACCUGCGCGUUGACGGGGAGAAGUCUGUUGUUGGCGAGGACAUCUUAUCUGGAAAGCGCUUCAACAAGACGCUUUCGGGCUACGCUGCAGUUGUGAAUGUAGGGCAGAACAUGACGUGGCUCGGCACGCACCUGGCCAUGUCAAAUCUUUACGCAUACGGACGGAUAGCAUGGGACCCGAAGACAGACGAAGUAGCAGUGCUCCAAGACUGGACACGUCUUACAUAUGGACUCGACAGAAAGGUGAUAGACACUAUCACGGAGAUCUCACUGCAGUCAUGGCCGGCGUACGAGAACUACACCGGCAACCUAGGCGUCCAGACCCUCACGGACAUCACGUACAAUCACUACGGCGCGAAUCCGCAGUCGAUGGACAACAACCCGUGGGGCCAGUGGACGCGAGCAGACAGCGACAGCAUCGGCAUGGACAGGACAGUGUGGAACGGAACGGGGUAUUCAGGCCAGUACCCAUCCGAAAUCGCCGCGACCUACGAGAGCAUCGCGACGACGCCCGACGACCUACUCCUCUGGUUCCACCACGUGCCGUACACACACGUCCUCAAGAGCGGCAAGACGGUCAUCCAGCACUUCUACGACGCGCACUACGCCGGGGCCGAAGCAGCAGCUUCGUUCCCGUCGAAAUGGGCGAGUCUAAAGGGUCUGAUCGACGCGCAGCGGUACAAGGAGAUGCUCUUCCGACUGGAAUACCAAGCCGGCCACGCCAUCGUCUGGCGGGACUCGAUCGCGCAGUUCUACAACAACAUCUCUGGUAUCCCCGACGUCGCCAACCGAGUAGGGAAUCACCCCUGGCGCGUCGAAGCAGAAGACAUGACGCUGCGCAACUACAAGGUCACGGGCGUGAACCCCUUCCAAGCGGCCUCGGGGUACCGCAUCGUGCAGACGACGGACAAUUCGACCGCGGCAUCCGUGCAGACGACGCUGGAUUACCCUGCCGGUACAUACGACCUCGCGGUCGCGUACUACGAUUUAUACGAGGGCGAGGCCGAGUACCAACUGUUCCUUAAUGGCAAGAGUCUGGGCGCCUGGGUAGGUGAUCUGGAGCACAAGUUAGGGUAUACGCUUACGCGCGGCAUCGACGCACAUUCCGCGACGCGCGUGACUUUCAAAAACGUGCGCAUUGAGAAGGGCGAUGUCGUGCGUAUCGAGACAGUGCCUAAUGGUCGGGAGACAGCACCGUUGGAUUACAUAGCCCUCCUACCGGCUGGAGUCAUUGAUUAGCGAUGUGUAUCUUUAUUCGAUGCCAGGCUAGUUGCUGGAACAUACAUAGAUGAAGAGACCUAUGUAUAACUCAUAUCUUGCUGUCUUUCGUAAUCUGCAUGUCGAAAUGGUAGUAAGCGCG